AAUGUGGGCCCAAAGGUUUUCAUUAGAGAAAACACGGAAAACGAGUUUUGCAAUGUGACUGAGAAAGGAAAUGAGUAUUACAGUUCAGAAGAAAGGGGGAUGUCCAGACAGAUUGAUGGAAAAAUGAUGUACUCUAAUAGGAGGAUGAUAGAUGAAAACCCACUCACGGUUCCCUUCAAGAAUGAUCUUGCUGUAAGCUCCAAAACGGAUGAGGGAAGAAUUCCCUCAGCAGCAAUACUUAUGAUAUUCAUUUCAGGCUAUUUAUCUCUUAGCUGCAGAAACACUUGGAGUCGAUCCAUCAAGGCUCAAUUGUAUUUCGAAGAAGGUAUGUGGCAGUAUUCAUCCGCUUUUGGGUUCUGUUUCGAGUGCCUUCUUCUUCGCCCUUUGUGUAAUCGGGCCAUACUGGCGCUCGGGCUUCGAAGGUCUGGAUCCACUCCAAUGUUUCGUUGUUUGAUUAUGAAAGGAAAGGUGUACAGAAUGCCUCUGUAUGGAGAGUAUGGAGGCCUGCGCAGAUCCACAGGCAGCUCUUCGUGUUUUAGGAGCUUUAGGUAUUGCUAUGGAACUGUAAGUUCAAGUUACGUCUUAUGGCAUUUACUAUUGCAAAGAGACCUAAUUUCAUUGCAUCAUGGGGGUCUCGAUGUUUCAGGCAAUGGUUGUGCCCGUGUUCGAUUCGCGGAGGAUCUGAGAACGGUGUGCAUCGAUGGCAGGACUAGGAGAUACGAGUGGAGGGUCACUUGUGGAGGUGGCUGUAACCGGCGAGAAGUAGCAACCUUCUUAAGCGACUACGGUUCACACUGGACGUGAUUGGAGAAAAAGCCCUCAGGAGAGUAGAUUUCAGUUUGACCAAACGGAAUUUACCAAACCCGACUUCUAGAUAUGAGAGAGAUUUUCGGGGCUCAGGUGAUCAUUGAUUGGCCGGACAUGAAAUCGCUGUUAGAGAAACUGAGGAGUAUCGGAUUGCAUAAGGGCAGCCCAAAGGGAAAAUGGGAUCAAAAGUUUUUGGUGCAUACUGAUGGGCUAACUCAAGCUGCAAAGGAUAUGUAAGACAUGACAACUUGCUAUGACAGCUUGCUUUCAGCUUCAGCUGCUGCAACAACAAAUAUUGCUUACGGUAUUUUAUUUAAUUUUUUGGAUGUACUUUUUAAACUUGCAAUUCCUGUAGUUUGAAUAUUACGCUCUAAAUGAGCAAUGUAAUUGAGAUUGUUAAUGUGAUUCCAGCUUCAUGUAACCUUGCUACGUAUUAUAAGGUUAUUUGAUGCGAGCCUUCUUGAGUUUCUAGAUCUUGAGUUUAGAUUUUUGUACCAUGCCGCACCGUCCUCAGACGAGUCAAAAAGUUUUAUAAAAAAU